AUGGCGUCGACUACAACUUCUUACCCUCCAAACCCACCUCCUCAGCACGACCCUGCUUUCCAACCAAUUAACAAUAACUUCCACCCAGAACCUCACCGGGAAUAUCCUCCACGUGCUCGUGUGGAUUCCUGGCAUGAGUCUGCGCCGGGUCUCAGGAAUCUCGCAAAUGGCCCGGCUCCAUCAGAACCUAACUUACCUCCUCCAAUCCAUGCAAGACCACCAUCCCAUCCAACAAGUCGACGGCCGUCGUUGGCUAUAGAAACAGUUGCUUCGACCGAUAUCGACAAGCAGCCUCAAUCAGCACAACCAUAUUUAGGGACUGAGAAGCAACCUUCACCACAUGCACCUGCGGCGACGGGCCCACCUCCAAUGCAGCAUCGGCCUACGACUGUUCCGCCUAUGGUGACGGCAAAGCGAGAACAUAAUCUUCAACAUCUCCCACCCCAGACUGCACCAGCCUCGCCUUCUGCGCCUUUACAUUAUUCACAUCAUCAUCCUCAAUCUCUGCAACCUUCUCAACAGCCACACUCUCACGGCCCCCCGCCAACAUCGCACCCGCAAGGCGCCUUUGCACCUCUACAGCCCUUCCCUCCAACAGGCCCGCCUCCUGGCCCUCCACCCCAAAUGAUAGCUCCAGGACCACCUGCGGUUCAACCGCAAACUUACCAUCACCACUCCGCACCUCCUCACAUGACCCCUUAUCCUGGACCCCCGAAUAAUAGGAGACUCAGUGCGGCUACUGGUAUACCUGAAGCGGAUGAAAUGAGCCCAAUGACGGGUACUUUCCCCUACCACAUGGCAACCGGUACAACCUUUCCAGCGCGAAGGAAAGCUGUACGAGCGGCUCAGGCCUGUGAUGCAUGCCGGACACGAAAAGCAAAAUGUGAUGAAGGGAGACCUGCGUGCGCUUUUUGCAGAGAUAACAACACUCCUUGUGUGUAUAGAGAAGUCCCCCCGCCAAAACAAGACAGAACUAUGAUUCUGAUACAAGAACGGGUUUCAAACAUCGAAUCACUCAUCAUGAAGCAGCAGACCGAUGGAACAGUAGUGAAUUUAUUGAGGCGGAUAUUGGGAGCUGUCUCUUCGAAAACUGAAGAAGAUGCCCAAGGAAGGGAUCCCUCAGUAACACAUUCUCCAGAAGGUGCUGAAGCCCAAGACCCCGCUUUAUUGCAGCUCCAGGGUGACCGGGUCGUCCCUCAAACUGCAACGUAUCCUAUGCCAAUUCCCGCACCGCCAUCUCAGGUACAGACGCCAACCCACGCCCCAGCCAAUUUCGCCGUCCCAGCUGCAACCACGGGGAUAUCAGCACCAGCCGAUGAUCCUAAGGAAGAUGAUAACUUUAUAACAAUCCCUCAUAAACACAACACAGCAGCCCAUAAACUUUUGCGAUGGAAAUCCAUCAGGGAUUUGCUUGAUAAGAGGUACCCUGAUAAUUAUGUUAUGGACGAGGAGAUUAGACGAGGGUCGUUGAAAGUACGAGGAAGAGGGGAAGGUGACCCGGCUUUGGAUAUGGAUAUUCAAGAUGAUGGUCCCGACGAGGUACAGAAUGGCGAAUUCUAUCCGGGCCUCAAUGGUGUCCCUCUUCUUAAGGGUGCUGGUGGCAGAAUAGGAAGAGGUCAAAGAGAAACUCUACGGCUAGACCUGGAGACUUGCACUAGCCUCCUCCGUAGCUUUCUCGAUAACAUAUAUAUUAUGCAUCCCUUUUUGAACGACGAACCAUUAUCUCAAAUGGUCGAAAUCUUUUCACGAACUCACGGCGGUGUUGUGGAAUCGCUCCCAGAAGACCCAUCGUUGGUUCCGAUUCAGUCAAUCAGUCCUGAGAAUUCGUUUGCUUCGAUUGCUUCCUCAGCGAUGAUGGAUAGGAGCCAAUAUCCUGGGAUCAACCAAUUCCAGCAUCCGUCUUAUGCCGCCCCACCUCCGCCACCGCCUCAACAGACCAAAGCUGGGUCAAAAAGAAAACGGGAUUCGCAAGUUCAACCUGGCCCGCCUCCAUUUGCUCAAGGGGAGGCUCGAUCCUUUUAUCGCCAGGCUGCCCCGCAGACCUAUACGCCUCAACGAAUCCCGGCUACCCUUCAGUCAGCAAUUGUCCUACUCGUUCUUGCGCUGGGUUCUAUAGCGAAUCACAAGGCCCCGGUCCCAGGGCCAUUGCCUCCAAACCCUCCACCACCACAAGCCAAUAUCAACUAUGGGUUGCCUGAUCAAUUCCAACAACCUCCUCCUCCAAAUCAACAACCACAGGGAUACCAAUCUGUUGACGCAGGUUUGCAGAAUAUUGAUGUUAUUCCCGGCCUAGCAUAUUGCGAAAAGGCACUUCAUAUCCUAGCAUUGCACCAAGGACGAAGCGAAGUUGAAUAUGUUCAGGCUUCACUGCUUGCAGGGCUCUACUGGGGUCAGCUGGGACGUCCCAUGGACAGUUGGAAGUGGAUCUCAGCUGCGUGUAUGGCCUGCCAAAUUAUGAUCAAUCAACGAUUACCUCGCGAAGGCCAAAAUGACAUGCUCCGUGACACGAUGGUCCGAACUUUUUGGAGCUGCGUUCAGCUCGAAAGUGAUCUUCUUGCCGAACUUGAUGUCCCCAGAAGUGGUAUCACUAGGUUGGAAGGUUCCGAAAACCUACGAAUGACAUAUGGCAACAAGGUCGAUAACAAUCUUCAGAUGUGGCUCUAUUUUAUGGCGCAGUACCACAUCAGAAAGAUUUUGAACCAGGUUCAUUCAGAGCUUUAUAAAGUUUCAAGCGCGAACUCUCUGAAGACUGCUGGUAUCCUCAUGGAAGACCUUGAAGCAUGGCGAAGGACACUCCCUCCUCCACUUCAAUGGAAAGACAGCGACCCCCCUGCGGAGGACAUUAACGCAGCCCGUCUACGUGCUAAAUACUAUGGGGCAAAAUAUGUUAUCAAUCGGCCUUUUGUCGAACAUUUCAUUCACAACAGGACAUCCAAUACAAAUCCGGCAUUGAUAGCUCCUGGUGCCAUGACAUCACCAGCAAUGUCUUUGAGUUCACUAUCUCAAAGUUCUCCCCCGACAUCUGCUCACACGCCCAUCGGGCUCGACAACCGGCGGGGUAGCACGGUCACUGACGAAAUUAGAGAAAAGUUUCUUGACCCCUGUCGAACCUGCCUCGAGGCUGCAGUGAAGAGUACUUACGCAUUCCAUGGGUUCGAUGCGACCGAAAAUCGCCCUAUUCUUACCAAUAUAUUUGGUACUGCUCAUGCACAAUUUGGAAAUCUACUCGUACUACAGGCUGCUUACAAGCACCCUAAACUCAGAGAGUUUGUCAACAGGGCUACACUUGGUGAUCUUCUCGACAAGACUAUUCGAUUCCUUCAUACGCUAGCACCGAUUUCACCCUCCCUUGCUCUGGACGCACAAAUAUUGGAAGAUGCCUCCUCAAAAUUAGACUUUAUCCCCCAUGUAUAA